UGACAGUGAGAACUGUCAAAAGUGCUUAACCUCACUUAUCAAAAUGUCCAUAUACUUUAGCGGUUCGCGUACAAAAUCGGCUGGGGUAAUCUCAGCAAUAAGCAAACAAUUAAAACUUGUAAACCUUAAACCAAUUAAGCGCAUAAAUGUGCAGUUCGACCCGUUUCAUCCAAAUGCAGUUACGACCAGAGAUUUUCUUUACCACAUUACCUCGCCCAAAGUAACAGAAACCAACUUAAAUUGCCUUAUAAAGACAAAUGUUGUAUGUGAUAGGAGCGAACCUGAGAUUAAGAUUGAUUUGAAUGAUUCUGGGUCCAUUAAGUUUUUAGCGAAUAAGUUGACAGUAUUGGAGAUAUUGCAGCAAAUAAACAAACACAUAAGUUCUAAGGUGCCACCUGAAGAUCCAGUUAAGCCUGUUACUACUAAAAUCAACAAAAUAAAGGCGAAAAAGCGUUAAGAAGUGAAAAUGGUUGUUAAACCGCAAAAAGACUACAAUCUUAAAUUAAUACAACAUGUUUACAACCAAAUUCCUGCCUUUACUGAUGUUUUCACUGAAGACACUUUUUACAUAUUUUUUGUCACCAUGGUUUUAAGCAUUAUUGUAAUUGUUUUUAUAGUAUCUAGGUUUGUUACUCUUAAACCUGCAGAUUAGGAUUUUUUUGUUUUAUCGGUAUUUAAUAUUGAAUUGGUAAAUAAAUAUUAAAAUUCUGGAAUUUUUGAUAAUAAAGUAUUUGUAAGAUUU